UUUCGCAUAGGCCGUUGUGUUGCAAAAAACAACAAGGGUAGUUGUAGCACGUUUCAGUACUGCGGUAGUUUUAUACGUUUUAAUGAUAUAAUUUGUAUCACUUUUAAAUGGGAGUUUAUUAAGGACCAUAGGAAUGGACGUUGAUACAUAUUUACAAGCGUUUGAAGGAUCCUUGAGCACAUAUUCUGGAGAUGACCCACUUGAUCCAUGGGAUAGAUUUGUGCAAUUCCUGGAGGGGAAGCUACCUCAACAAGAAAGGAAAAGUAUGUCUGUUGUAUUUGAUCGUCUUGUUCAAAGAUUUCUACAAGAGGAACGGUAUCAUAACGACCCCCGAUUCGUCGACCACUGCAUUAAAUGUGCUAGCUUUUAUGAUGAUCCCAUCAAAGUGUACAGUUAUGUCCAUAGCCAGGGCAUUGGAACCAGAGCGGCAACGUUGUACAUUGCCUGGGCCCAACAAUUUGAGAAAAAUGGUCAGUUGCCACAAGCUGAAGCAGUCUAUCAAAGAGCUGUGGAGAACCAGGCCCAACCCGUAGACACCGUGCUUCAGCACUACAGGAAGUUCCAGGACAAGGUGUUGAAGCCUCAGACCGGUGCAUCUGAUGUGCCGAGGAGCCCUCUUCAGAAUUCACAGUUAGCCAAUCAACAGUCUCGACCAAGAGAAAUACUUCAGCAACAGUGCAAGGAGCCUGAUCCGCCCCAGUUUCCAGAUGACCGAACGGUUCGCAUAAUUUCCAAGUCAGAGUAUAACCCAUCCAACCAACCCAAAGCCCAGAGUGCACCUCUGCAGCAGGUGGCCAUGUACUGUACGAGUGAGUUGGUCUGCGAGGGUUCAGAGUACUGCUUUGAGGAGUUGAGAGCGAAUCGCUACUGGGCCAAACGUAAGCAGCAGGCUGAGCUCCGAGAACUGGAGGAGGAGCAAAGGAAGGCUCGAGAGGCAGAAGAGGAGUUGAGACGAAUGCAGGAACUCCUGAAUAAACUGGACAACAAAUCCCCCGUUCCACUAGCAGACUCGCAAGCAUCUAGCAGACAUCAUGACGGCCACCAGGAGAAUCAUGCUGCGCUAUCAGCUGCAGGUCAUCCGGAGCGAGCGGCACUGACGGCCCGACCCUCGGCGGCGCUCGGCAACCGGCUCUCUCUCAGCCACCGGCCUGCGUCGACCUUCAGGCCCAGCUUGGCCCUGCCGCCGAGUCAGGACCCGGGGCCCGGCGCCAGGCGGAAGUCCAGGCCGUUCGCCUCCGCGGUGUGGGGCCCGGGCGGGUCGCUCGGGUCGCUCCCUCCAUCUGGUCAGCUGUGUCCCCUGGAGGAAGCCGAGGCCUCCCGCCACGAGGUCGCCUCCCUCCAGCAAGCUUCGGCGCCGGCCGGUCAUCCGUCCGGGUCUCAGAUCUCGCCCAGGCCGGCCUCGCCAGCCGUUGCUGUGGCUACCGCUACCGCCGCCGGCGGCGCGUCCUCCCUUCAGACCUCCCUCCUGCACCGCCAGUCCAAUAUCGCCGUGGAGACCGCGGCGGACACUCUCUCCGUCCGUGGUCACGGGGCGCCCGUCUCCUCCGAGGUCCCCUACGGAGCCCUGAGUCAGAGCGGCCUCUCUGCGCUGAGCAGCGCGGAGCCCCUGCGCUCCCACCACAGCAGCAGUUUCCACCAGCCCCUGGAGGACGCAGGCCAUGAUGUUUCAAAAGAUGGGGCGGAUGGGGAGAUCAACAGAGAAGGCACCAACAAUGUCUCACUGGUGGGCCAGGGCAACCACUCCCACAUCACUCCAAACACCUCCCUCGGGCUGGUCCAGGCAACGCCGUCUCGGGUUCUCCCCUCUCCAACUGUCCACACGCGGGAGGCACUCGAUCUGAUAAUGGACAUGUUCCAGGCCCCAACCUUUGCACCAGAUGGCCUUUCUCACAUUGCUGAGGAGAGUCUCAACUUUGGACAUUCAAAAAUCAGUAAACCAGCUGUGCCCCAGCCGGCUGCUGCUGCCGCUGCAUUUUUCACCGUCUUCCAGGAUGAGAAUGACCAGGAGAAUGGAGGACAAGUUAUGGCAUCCAAGGAACGGAAAGCAUUGCAGCCCCGGGCAGAGGUUUCAGUAUCUGGACCAACACAACAGAAUGAGACCGCUGUGGGCGUGGAGUCUGUGACGGACGAGACGGCGAUGUGGGAGUCGCGGCGCCACUCUCUGGCCGCGUGCCCCAACAGCACCCGAGACUUCGCGCUGUCCGCCCACCUCGUGUCCACUCCCUUCCACCUCAGCGCGCCGCACUCCUGGGAACUGGACUCCGCUCAAGAGAAUGAUGCCCCAACAGUGUUUGCUGAAUCCGAUGAGAACCACUUCAUGCGCCAGCCCACCAAACUCAGCCCCAUCAUGGAGCAGAGCCCGGUGGACGAGAAGCUCUCUCAGGCAGAGCGCACGGCCGGAGCCCAGGGCACCAUCGUGGGCGAGGCGCUGGCAGCCGCCCAGCAGGAUGUUUCCAAGAUGGCCGCCUCCGCCAGCUCCAUCAGCGCCCACCCGCUGGCCGCCCUCUCCUUCCCCGACCACACCGUCGCGCCCACCGAGGAUGUCUCCAAGAUGGCCGCCUCUGCCUCCUCCUCCUCCUCUGCCGCCGCCCCUAAACCCUGCUGGACCAUCUAUCAGAGCCCGGAGAAGACGCUUGCAGACCUCUCGAAGGUGAUUGGCCAGUGCGCUCCCCAGGAAGUGGAGAUGGAAGCGGACGUGCCCAUGACCCUGGAGCACGUCCCGGCCGCCCACUCCUUCCUCUCCAAGAGCUCCUUUCACGUCCCGCAGACGGAAGACCUCUUCCCGGGCUCCCAGGACCUGUUCCACCGGUCACACUGUGACGUUCCCAUGAGCCCGGACCCGGCCCCGACCCGGCCCUCUCCGGACGUCCCCAUGAGUCCGGCAGCGCCUGCUUUCAAAUCGUUCCUGGACGUCCCCAUGAGUCCCGUCCCGGCGGCGCCAACGCAGGGCUGGUUCGGGCUGAGCAGCCCCGCGGCGGACCAGCAGUCGGACCUGGACUUCAUGGGCAGCUCGCGGCAGCCCCGCGGCCACGCCGCCAGCCUGGCACACUCUUGGCUGGAGGUCCCCAUGGCGAUGAGCCCAGCCAAGGGGCCGGAGGUGUGCCUGGACGUGCCCAUGAGUCCCGGGCAAGCUCUCGCGCCAGCGGCCACCCCUGCAGCUCCCUCUCACCUGGUCCCAGACCCUUGGAACGACGAGCUGAUCAACUCUCUCCUGUCCAGGCUUGACACCCCGCUGACCACGUACCCCAGCGUCACCACGUGGGAAUGUAACCUCCCCAACGUCUCCCCAAAGAUGACCACCACCAUGGCUGGUGAAUCGUUGCGAGUUGAUUUUGUCCUGGGCCAGGGUGCUUUUGCGACUGUCUAUCAGGCGACAAACCUCACAACAUCAGAGAAGCUUUUCCUGAAGGUGCAGAAGCCAGCCAACCCCUGGGAGUAUUACAUCAACGUGCAGCUCAACGUUCGGCUCAGGCCGAGCCUGCGCCACCUUUUCAACAACAUCCACUCGGCGCACCUCUUCAGGAACGGCAGCAUUUUGCUCGGGGACCUGCACAACUGUGGCACCCUUCUGAAUGCCAUCAACCUGUACAAGGGGCGCAGUGAGAAGGUGAUGCCCCAGGCGCUGGUGCUCUUCUUCACCUCCUGCAUCCUGCACAUGGUGGACGAGCUCCACAGCGCGCGCAUCGUCCACGCCGACAUCAAGCCCGACAACUUCCUGCUCGGGGAGAGGUUUCUUGAAAACGAGUCCUUUGACCCGGACAACUCUGAGCACGGCCUGGCCCUCAUUGACCUCGGCCAGAGCAUCGACAUGACCCUCUUCCCGGAGGGCACGGCCUUCACGGCCAAGUGCAUGACCUCGGCCUUCCAGUGCACCGAGAUGCUGAGCGGCAGACCUUGGAACUACCAGACGGACUUCUUCGGAAUCGCAGGCACCGUGUACUGCAUGAUCUUCGGCUCGUACAUGCAGGUGACACAGGAAAACGGCGAAUGGAAGCCCAGCGGAACAUUUAAACGGAAUCCGCACAGCGAUUUGUGGCUGGAGUUCUUCCGCGCGCUGCUGAACGUGCCCGACUGCAGCUCGCUGCCGUGCCUGCGGCGCCUGCGCAGCCGUGUGCAGGCGGAGCUGGAGCAGCACUACGGGACCAAACUCCGCGGCCUGAAGAACAGACUGGUGGUGCAGCUGCUGGAGUCUCGCUCAUCACGCCGAUAACACACACACACACACACACACAUUUACGUCACACACACACACACACACACACACACAUCCCCCAGUCAUACUUUGUACAGCCAUACACUCACACAGCAGCAGCAGCAUACACACUGGAGAGAUGCAUGCACACACACACACACACACACAUAUUCCCUCUCUCUUCAGGGAUGCGCGGAAUGGACACCUGCAGUGGCAGCACUCCUUUGUUGAUCCUGAGCUGAGCUGGUUUUAUGACAGAAGACGGAAGUCUUUUUUUAAAUUAUACGUUGUGAUCUUUUGGAAUGUGCGACUAUGAGCAUUAGAAAAUGUUAAACUGCAAAACAGACAUGUGUAAAUAUGCUUUGAACUGUAACUAUGUCAUUAUUUGUUUUAAAUACAGCAACCUAUAAUAAGGCCAAGAAAAUCUUGAAUGAAGUCUUUGUGUUUUCUUGUUUACCUUUCCACUGUUCUCUUUACAUAUUUUUUUGAAAGAAACAAAUAAAUCUAAGA